AUGGGCAGCCCUGGUCUCGAGGAUGGACUUGCCUAUCGCGGUGCAACGGUUGGACAAGAGCUAUUGGCGCGGAUGAACUCCAAAGACCAAAGUUCAACUCGAAAUUGGGUUCUCACACACCCGUCCUCUCGACUACUUCGUACCAGCGACGAGUGGGCGGCCGGCGCGCCUGCUCGGCUCAGGGUCCUCACCACCUCGCGGCAGGUUUGCAUCCCUUCGACUUACUCUCGAGUUGUUCCCCAAAAUCGACCAUCUUGCGAGCUCACCCAACCCAGGACUACACGGAGAGACUUGCAGCUUGAGGUGUCGUCACGGGUCGCAAUCCCGACAAGCUGA